UAAAUUUUAUGUGAACUAGACUAUAUGAUUCUGUCAUCUAUAAACAUAAAUCAAAAGAAAAAAAUUAUCUUUUUAUAGCUGAUGACACCAUCAAAAUAUAUUGACUUUUCAGUUACAUUAAUUUUUCAACGUUGGCAACGUCUUUCAAUAAAUGUCACUUAUGUCAAAUCAAAUGGGAUUUGCUUCGGUCAGAUUUUUAAAAAUCCAUUUUUAUAUUUUUUAGGGACGAAUGGAUGUGAAAAUGUAUCAAAUUUAAUUUCGUGUAUACAUAUUUUUAACCAGAAAUGGGGACCGUGCAUGCUAAAGUUGAAGAAAAUUUUACCGAAGCACAUUCCGAGAUAAAGAGCAGUGCUAGGGAGUUGCCUGAUAAAGGACAAAUCAAAGAAAUCGAAAUAGGAGGUGUUAAGGCAAGAGUGGACAAAAUACAUAUAGAUGGGCUGUCUAGAACAAAAAAUGAUAUUAUAGAGGAUUGCAUAAGGGAGUUAUUCAAAGCUAAAGACUUUCAAGAUGUGUUGUUAAAGGCUCACAAGGCAAGAGUGAAGUUGGACGAACUCGGUUGCUUCAAGAAUAUUUCUGUAUUUAUAGACACCAGUAAGGGACCCAAAGCUACUCCUGAUGGAUUAGAAGUUACUUUUAAUGUGAAAGAGCAUAAAAGGAUAAUAGGCGGCGUUAGUACACAUGUAGGAAACAACGAGGGUGUACUGCAGAUCGGCAUAAAGACGCCAAAUAUUUUUGGAAGGGGCGAAAGAGUGCAAGUUGAGUAUAGUCAUGGAUCAAAGAAAACUAGCAAUUUUAAUUUGGCAUUUAUUAAGCCUUUUAGGGGUAAACACCGUCCAACUUUAACUACAAGUAUGUUUCAAUCUCACAUGGAAUUUCCUUCUUCAGCCUAUAAAAUGCUUGAAAAGGGAGUGGUAUUUGAUUUAGGUUUCUAUUCGUGGUCAUUAUUAAAACACAACAUCCAAUGGGAAGGCAACAUCAGAGAUUUGAGCACCCUAUCCAGAAAUGCCUCUUUUGACGUCAGGAAAGAGUCUGGUUUGAGUUUAAAAUCGUCUCUCAAACACGUCCUAUCGUUAGACCUGAGGGACGAAAUCAUAUUCCCCACAACGGGUUCUUUAUUACAACUCACUUCGGAGUACGCAGGCGUCGGUGGAGAUGUCGGUUUCUUGAAAAACGAUCUCUACUUGCAAACCAACUAUUCCAUUUUGCCAGAUAUCGUAUUCCAAGGAUGCCUAAUGGGUGGUUACAUGUCUGGCAUCAGUAACGACUUGAAAAUCAGCCUGGCCGAUAUGUACUUCCUGGGCGGACCUCUGUCGAUGAGAGGCUUCCAAAUGCGCGGCGUCGGGCCCCAUUCGGACGGAGACGCUUUGGGAUCGAGAGCGUAUUGGGCCGGGGGGCUGCACUUAUUUACGCCGUUGCCGUUCCGACCUGGUAGAGGCGGCUUUGGAGAUUUGUUUAGAACGCAUUUCUUCGUCAAUGCCGGGAAUGUGGGUGAUAUCGAAGUGAAAUCCGGUCAAAACAUCCUGGAAAUAAUACGGAACAAUGUUCGAGUAUCAUAUGGUUUGGGCAUAGCCUUGCGACUUGGCAACAUGGCACGUUUAGAAAUCAACUAUUGCUUCCCGUACAUUUACGAUAAAUGCGACCAAACGCAUCCAGGCGUUCAAUUCGGAAUCGGUGUUCAGUUUUUAUAGCCGAAAAUUUACUAUUUUUGACGCCCCCGGUUGUAUUAGUAAAACUGUACAAUUUUUAUCAAAAUGUAUGUGUACCAUAGUGGAUGAAUUUGUUAUUUAUUAAAUUAAAAAAAUCGUUGUCUCAA